UGGCAGAGCCAGCCGGCAGGACAGAACCGAGCGGACGGUCUGCUGCACACUGAACCAACUGGAUGCAACACGUUAGAGCCUAGAACAGAAUGGAUUUCCCCAAUUGCACUGAAGGGGUGUUUGCCACAAACGGCAGUGGUAACGACUCACUGGAGACCACUAAACUCCCUCCCAGUAAGAUCCUGCUUACAAUGACCCUGUCUAUGCUGGCUAUCCUGACUACAUUCUUUAACUGCCUUGUGAUCACAGCUAUCGCAGUCACGCGCAAGUUGCACCACCCGGCCAACUACCUCAUCUGCUCAUUAGCAGUGACUGACCUGCUGGUGGCUGUGCUGGUCAUGCCCUUCAGUAUCAUGUACAUCCAGAAAGAGACCUGGCUCAUGGGUCAGGUGGUGUGCACCAUCUGGUUAAGUGUGGAUAUCACCUGUUGCACUUGCUCCAUCCUGCACCUUGCUGCAAUAGCCAUCGACAGGUACAGAGCCAUUACUGAUGCGGUGGAGUACUCUCGCAAACGCACGGGGGCCAGAGCUGGGGCGAUGGUGGCGGUGGUGUGGCUCUUGUCCAUCCUCAUCUCACUUCCUCCUCUAAUCUGGCGGCACUUUAGUGGGGAUUCAGAGCAGGAAGACCAGUGCAUCAUGAUGCACCAUCACAUGGCCUUCACCAUGUACACCACCCUCGGAGCGUUCUACAUCCCCCUGAUACUCAUCCUCAUCCUCUACUACAAAAUCUACCGGGCUGCUCAAACCCUGUAUAUGCGCAGGGAAGCCAGCCGGGCCAGCCGUCACUCAUGCAUGACCAAUGGGAGCAUGAUCCCGUCAUCCUCCCCUGCUGGAGAAGGUGCUGACGAUGGUGGACUUCAAAGUCCGCCGCCCAUAAGUCCACACGAAAAAUCGAUCUCUGAACCCUCAACUGAGGAACCUCCACGAGAACGGGUGCGUGCGUCGACAAAGGCAUUCAAGUGCAAGCGGCGCCGGAAAGAGUCACGCAGUGAGUCCCGUAGUGAGUCACGCAGGUCUCAGUUUUACCAAGGACCACGGAUCUCGGGCUCACGGGAGCGCAAAGCGGCAUCAAUGUUGGGGUUAAUAAUAGGGGCCUUUGUCAUCUGUUGGUUGCCAUUUUUCGUCAAGGAAGUGAUUGUCAACACCUGCGGUUCUUGCAGUACCUCGAUGGAGAUGGCUGACUUUCUGACAUGGUUGGGGUACCUCAACUCGCUUAUCAACCCUCUCAUCUACACCAUCUUUAAUGAAGACUUCAAAAAAGCUUUCCAAAGACUCGUUAGGUGCAGUCAUUAGCUCUGAUGGUUCAAUUACGCACUCUCAUACCCAUACACCACCACACAUGCACAUGUAACCAGGAGAGGGACAAACUAAAGGCACCGACUGCUGAUCAAUGUGCCGGAGAGACAAUAAUGAUCAACAGCCAUUUCCAGCUGCUUCACCGGGCACUCCAACAACUAAACAACUAAAUAUUACCAACAGAGCAAUGAGCUUUGCAGCAAAGUUCCACAUUGAAAUCCAAGUCUUGCUAUUAUUAUAACAGCCUGAGAUUCCUUUGAUGUUAAUGGAGGCGUUUGAAAGGACACUGACAUAUACAUUUUUUUUAAAUGGUCCAUUCCUGACAUUUUUAAGGCCUGGGUUCUGAACAUAACUGAUCAGCUCCAUUAGGGCCUUGAAACAGCUCACCAUUAAGGCUUUCCCCUCCCUUCUAUCUAUUCCAAGUUGCUGGCUAACAUGUGUAAAAUACCACAGCAUACCAAGUUGUGAUUUCCUUCGGCCAUGGCGCUGUAGAGGGUGACUUUUAUCUGACUGAUUGACACGGUGAUUGUGACUGUAACAGAAAUUGUUGUUGAAUGUGACAAGCGUUCAGCAAAACCCUCCAACGAAUAUGAAUUAUAUAUCUGUUGAUUGAUAAAAGAUAAAGCCUUCUGUCAGGUAAUGGCAAUGAUGUUGGCGUAAUCCGGAAGCGCAACGUUAUUGACUGCCUUUCAGAAAUUCCACAGUGCUGAACUUAACUUAUCAUGUUUUAAAUGUUUAGUAUUAACAGCUAAGAAUGGCUUCGAUGUGAAUAACAAAUUGUAUAGGACUAAAUACUAGGACAAAAUCAUAUCACUAAUGACACAUUCUGAAUCAUAAGAGACAAUAUAAAAAUGGACCCUGUUUCAACUUUCAGUUCACAAGGUUAUCUUUUGGAGAGGGCUUAAGGUAUUACAUGUUCUAUAAGACACACCGACUGUAAUUUAUGUUUUACAGAACCUUUAUGUUUACUUGAAAGUUACUUCUUGGGAUAUUCAUUCAUAUGUCCUGGAGCCAUUAAAUACUCCACCCCAUCUGACUUCCACGCCAUAGCCAUCAGUAGGUUAAUGGAUUUGAGAACCACCAGUACAGAAAUCCCAUGACAUGAAUCCCACUCAAGUACUUGGACUAUAACUAUUAUUUAUAUACUUCCGUCAAGAGGGUACACCAUAUGUUAAUGAACAUAUUUUGGAUGAGUCAUAUGUGAGGGUGUACUGUAUGCCAGAAAGAUCAAGUGUGUCAUACAUGGACAUACUGUACAUAUGACAAAAUGAUCAG